UCGCGCAUGCGCACUGAGCCAGUCUAGGACGGUGCGGCAGGAAAACCGCAGCGCAGCGUGGAUGAAUAGAGGUCCACUAGAGGAGGGAAUACCGUAAAUAUUCCAGCGGGGACUGCGAGGAUAUGAAAGAGUAGCCCGGGUUCACGGUGAGGACAAAGACAGCCUGAAUCGCGGGUCAUCUGAAGCGCACAAUGCGUGUUUCUUUAAGAGGGAAUCGCUAGCAGUCACAGAGGGAUCAGAAUGGAUGACAGUCUCUGGGCUGUACCCCACUUUUUUGGCUCGAAUUGGAUCGCGAUUAAUAAAAGCCGCUAGUUUAUGGCGUUUGGGCUUGAAUAGGACUGAAUUGCAUGAAGAAGAGCGGGAUGGGAGCCAUUCACUAAAAGUGACCAUAUAAACACAGUUUUGCUGCAGUGAAUUCCUUAGGAAGGAUGUCAUCGCUCGCCUCGGACCUGUAGGCGACCACUGGGCUGGUGCUGACCCUCCUCCUGCUGCCUGUGAAUAUGGGGGAUCUGACCGAGGCGAAGGACUGUAAAAAGACUUUCAUUGUUCCUGCCAUUAAGUCGUUUGACCAUUAUGAUUUUAACAAAGCUAAAAUCCGUGCGAGUCUCACAUGGCUUGUGGCCAAAGCCUUCGGUACAGAGAGUGUCCCAGAUGACCUGAAGGAUCCGUUUUACACUGACCAAUACGACCAGGAGCACUUGAAGCCACCGGUGGCCGCUCUGCUGCUGUCGGCCGAGCUUUACUGCCGCGCUGGAAGCCUGAUCCUGAAGAGCGAUGCGGCCAAACCCCUGCUGGGCCACGAUGCGGUCAUCCAGGCUUUGGCUCAGAAAGGCCUGUACGUCACCGACCAGGAGAGGCUGGUCACUGAGAGGGACCUGUGCAAGAGACCCAUUCAGAUGAGCGCGCACCUGGCGAUGAUCGACACCCUGAUGAUGGCCUACACGGUGGAGACGGUGAGCGUGGAGAAGGUGGUGGUGUGUAUGCAGCAGUAUUCCACAGACUACGCUGAGGGGGAUGUACCGUAUGAUACGGAGGAUGCUGUCACCAGCUGGAUGAAUAAGGUGAACGAGUACUUGAAGGAAAUCAUCAUGCAGGAGCAGAGGAGGACGGAAGCGCAGAACGCAGAGCCUGUAGAGAACCCGAAGUCUCCAACCAAAUGGUAUAUGAAGCUGGUUCCUGCUCGCUAUAGGAAAGAGCAGGUGUUGCCUAAGACAGUGCCAUGGAUCCCUCCAGUGGACAACCUGCUGAAGGACAGCACAGAUGGCUGCGGCCUCGCUGCCCUGCUGCACUUCUACUGCCCGGACAUCGUCAAGCUCGAGGACAUAUGCCUGAAGGAGAACAUGUCGCUGGCAGACAGCCUGUACAACCUGCAGCUCAUUCAGGACUUCUGCCGAGAGCAUCUGAACCGCUGCUGCCAUUUCAGUCUGGAGGACAUGCUGUACGCAUCUUCAUCCAUCAAAAAUAACUACCUUGUAUUUAUGGCGGAGCUUUUCUGGUGGUUUGAAGUGGUGAAGCCAUGUUUUGUGCAGCCUCAGGUUUUGGCCCCUGAAGCACCAGCUCCAUCUCUGAAGAACGUGCCAUCUGUACCCAUUUCAAAAGUCACAAAGAGAAGCUUCAUGGAAAGACCUCCCAGUCCAGACAGACCAAGUCUGCCACUGCGACCACAGCCUCGGACAUCAAACUCAGGUGAAAUCAAGCGAUCAACUUCCAUGUCGUUUGUGGACAGCUUUAUGGGUACUUGGCCAAAGGAGAAACGGUCAGCUGCUCAGGGAGUGUCCUUUGACAUCCCAUUUGAUAAAGAGGACACUAGCCAUACCCCUGCCCCUGUCACCCGGGGAAUGACCAGGUCUGUGAGCACAGAGGGCUUUGGGUUUAAAUUAGCCAAGGGAAUGAAGCGAAACCUGUCCUUCCAACCAGUCGACUGCCAGAAUAUAGGCAUCGAGGAGGAGGGCUGUCCAGACAGCCUUGCGGGAGCACAGCACGGCCAUGUGAACGGCACAACACCUCCAAGCAUUGAAGAGGCUCUGGAAAUCAUCCACAACUCCGAGAAGCAACAGAAGAAAUCCGAGACCGAGGCAGAAAGUGGAGGAUUCUUCCUUCAUCUGCAGAGCAAAGGAGAGCUGACCUCUAAAACUCAAGAAGAAGGAAAAGACUUAGACUCUGUUUCUGAGACAAAAGAAUGUUUGAGCACAUCGACCACCGAGGUGGACACUGGCAUCCAUGUGAGAACAGAAGACAUUCAGGAGACACUGGACGAGGACUCGUCCCUGAGGGACUGCACAAUGAGCAUGGAUUUAGACACGGAUCUGGACUUUGAGGCCAGAGCUUGUCGUAGCCAAGACUCCACCAGCCCGUGCCCGAGCAGUGUCGGCACCAAGUCCCCCACAGUAGGGACACCUACACCUGGGGUUAAGAUGACCAGCUUUGCUGAGCAGAAGCUAAAGAAGCUCAAUCCAAAUGUGGAGGCCAGAGGCAGCUCCCAGGUCACCACACCAGACAGUUCAGACCUCAACAUUCCGCACUCAGUAUCUUGGGCACCUUCACCAGAGGUUAGCCCUGCACGCCAGCCACCAAAAGAUCCAGCUCAAGCCAUGGCAGCAGAAAUGGUGCAGCUGCGCAUGCGACUGGAGGAGAAGCGGCGUGCCAUCGAAGCCCAGAAGAAGAAAGUAGAAGCUGCUUUUACUCGCCACCGGCAGAAGAUGGGGCGCAGCGCUUUCCUCACAGUAGUCAAGAAGAGAAGUGAUGGCUCCUUUCCAGCCCAGGAGGACACUUCAUCCACACCAGUGGAUAUCACACAGCCCUUGAAGUCUCCAGUCAAGACCCCUGGUGAAGAGAGUGCAUCCGAGGCAGACCUGCUGGAGUACACGCGCUCCAUUGAGAAACUGAACGCUUCGUUGAGCUUCUUGCAGACGGAGAUGCAGCGACUAGCCCAGCAGCAGGAGGUCAUCAUGCAGAUGCGGGAGCAGCAGGCCUGGGUUGUGUCUCCACCACAGCCUUCCCCCAAGAAGCAGAUGCAUGACCUGCGAGGGAGCGGGGCGCGCUCCUCUGGUUCCCCUUCGCCUGCCGACUCCCCUCGCGCCACACAUCGCUCCCCAACCAACCUCAAGAGGAAGUCGGCUUCCUUUCACUCCAAAACACCACGGACACCCAGGCCCAGCGAGCUUAAAAUCACCCCAUUUAACAGAGUCCUCACCGUUCCCCAGUCUGUAGACAGUAUACCUCGCUUGCGUAGGUUUUCCCCAUCUCAGUCUGUGUCAAGCUCCUUUGCUUACCUUGGGGAAAACAAAAUCUCGGCACUGGGCAUCGAAGCCACGGACAUUAUGCAAGCCACAGAGUGUUCCUCAGGUGAUCUUUUAUCACCAACCAAAGACACUCAAAAGGAAGACACGGAAACAUUCGCUGAAGAUGAUUUAACAGCCAUGGGGUCAGAGGAGGUAAAGGACGAACAAAACACCAUGAGGGAAAAUGGAGAAAAAGAUGAAGAGCAAAGAGCAGAAACUGAAAUUAAGCCACCAUUGGAAUCCAGUGUCGCAGAGGUGUUGUCGCAAGCUGUAAAAGAAACGGUCAUAGUCACGCCCACCGAGAAACCGAUUGACUUAAUCAGUCAGAGCAACAAGAACUUGAUUGAGGUGCCAUUGUCUGUUCUCAAACCUCUCGAUGGACAGGAGCUGGAAGAGAGCAGGGAGGGGCCGACUGCAGGAGAGAAUAUGGAUGAUGAUCAGAAGAUGUGCUGCGGAUUCUUCUUUAAGGAUGACAUGAAGGGGGAGGACAGCAUGGCCAUGAAGCGAGCAGCGCUAUUAGAGAAAAGACUGAGGAGAGAGCGGGAGAGCCAGCAGAAGAAGCAGCAGCUUGAGGCAGAGCUGGAGCAGAAGAAAGAAGAAGCCAGAUUAAAAGCAGAGGAAGAUCGUCUAAAGAAGGAAGAGGAAAAAGCAAGGCGGGAGUUCAUCAAGCAGGAGUACUUGAGAAGGAAGCAGCUCAAACUCAUGGAGGACAUGGAUAUGUUAGUAAAAGCUCGGCCUGCCGGGGCUAAGCAGAGGAAGCCGCGACCUAAAUCCAUUCACAGGGACGUGAUGGACUCACCCAAAACCCCAAUGAGGGCCACAGCAGGUUCACGACCUCGUGUUUUUUCAGUGUCCAGUCUCUCUCUGGCCUCGCUCAACCUGGGAGACAAUGACAGUGUCAGCUCCGAGAAAAGAGCCCCCAGCAGGCCUGACUCAGCUGAUGCCCUCUUGUCUCCCUCCCGGUCUGCUAGCCACAACGGAGAGAAGGACUGGGAAAAUGGUUCUACCACCUCCUCCGUUACUUCCAACACUGAAUACACAGGUCCUAAAUUGUACAAAGAGCCAAGUGCCAAGUCGAAUAAGCACAUUAUUCAGAAUGCUUUGGCUCAUUGCUGCUUGGCUGGAAAGGUCAAUGAAGGACAAAAGAAUAAAAUCUUGGAGGAAAUGGAGAAAUCGGAGGCCAACAACUUCCUGAUCCUGUUCCGCGAUGCAGGCUGCCAGUUCCGUUCCCUCUACACGUACUGCCCAGACACAGAGGAUAUCAGCAAGUUGACUGGCAUCGGGCCAAAGAGCAUCUCACGCAAGAUGAUCGACGGUUUGUACAAGUACAACUCUGACCGUAAGCAGUUCAGCCAAAUCCCAGCCAAGACCAUGUCUGCCAGCGUAGACGCCAUAACCAUCCACAGCCACCUGUGGCAGACAAAGAAACCGGGAACACCCAAGAAAGUAGCACCCUGCAAGUCCUAGUACUUUCCAGCUGCUCCCCCUGGAGGAGUGCUUCUGUUCUCAGCAAACCUUUCUUUCUCUGUACUUUAAACUCAGAAACACAGUCAAACGCAGAUAUGAGGUCUCAUGGAACACUACUCAUAGUCUUCACUAAAGUCAUCCAAGAAACACUUUACAAUUUUGCUAAGAAAAAAAAAUAUGCACAACUGGAAUGUACAACACUACAGGCUUGUCAGUGGCUUUCACUCCUGUAUUUAUAAUUAUAACCUGACUGUCCUAUUAUAGUUGUUUUAAAGCAAGGUUGAGAUUGGGUUGGGUUGGGUGAAUGUGUGUGUGUUUUGUGUUUUUUUUUUUUGUAUGUGCCAAAACAAUAGGAAUGAAAUGAAGUAGUGUGGCUCUAAUUUGGUACACUGAAGCACUGAAUGUCAUUUGUUUGUACAAACAAAACCUUUGCGUAUACCAUGUUGACAUGUGGCCUUAUGUUGGAUAUGUUUCUUUUUUUAUUUUAAGUUUUUUAAGUAGUGUACAAAAGUGAUUGUAAGGCUGCUGCACAAGAGACAGUUAAUAGUUUUGUUAGGCUGGGAUCUCUUCUGAGCAAGCAAUGCUGUAUCUUUGCAUUUAUACCAAAUCAGUGUGGUAAUAUAUAGAAUAUCUUUUGCUUGCAUAGAGAAUCACCCCCUCCAUCUCUUGUGUUUUAAAUUAAAAAUACUUUUUCUGCUUAACUGGCUUUCAGUUCACAACAGGAUUGUGAAAUCUUACAAUGCAAAUAGGUGUUUUAUCAUUUCAAAUUUAUUCUUAGAAUUAUUAUUAUUAUAAUUAUUAUUGUUAUUUCCAGUUCUUUGACAGAGCAAAGGAAUCGUUAUUAAUUUCAAACCAUGGUCUUGUUUAAAUGGAUGUAACAUUUAUGAUAGCUCGCCAAGGUUUAGAAGACCAAACUCCCGGUUGCAUUAUUGCGUGAUUGUAGGUUGUGAAAAAUCAAGCUAGCUACUAUUUGAUAAAUCUCUUGAAUUAUGUGUCAGUAAUAUUUCCAUGUUGGCUUCUUGGAUGAUAUGAAUCGAUAUUCAGACAUCAUUGCAUCACGAGUCAUUCCUAUCCUAGUUUUCCUGUUUGUGCUUUGCGACUGAUUUGUCGAUUCCACAACAGUCGUGGUGAUUUCCCAGAAUAAAUUUUGCUUUUGGAGAGACAUUAGUGUCCUGCACUGUCUUAAAAUGAAGCAGAAAUCUCAAAAAGCAAUGUGCCAAAUGACCUAUUUUUAUUCCUAAUGCAUGGUUUAGAUUGAGACUAAUGCACUUAUUAAUACAUUCAAUUGUAUUUUGGGUUGGAAUAUAAACAACCCUAUUACAGAUAUUCCAUUUUUACUGCCUGGGUGUUAUUUGAGUGAUAAAGAAGUGGCAGCAUUGGGUCAUAAGGCAGAAUGUGGCUAGUUACGGGUCGAGGCUUACACAUGCCUUCUUUUAAGUUAUUUAAAGCCCAUUCUUUCUCCAGCUCUCCUAAAUCCCCUGUUCCAGGUUUGCCUUUACACAAUCAUCGACCAACACACACAGCUGUGCUUCUUUCAAAGAACAUCUGUUAAAUUACUGAAAUGGAAGUCAAGUUGUGUUUUGGAAGAGAAAACUGUACAGACCUGUGGUAUGCAGUGUCUGGGGGAUAAGAAAAAACUUUUCUAAGCAGUUGUUGUAGUGAAUUAAAUUGGCAGUUUCAAGCCAAGAACUGUCUAUGUAUUUGUAAAUGAGCACGGUUUAAUAUUGUACAGUGUGCAGCGUAAGCUCGUCAGCUCAUUGUAAUGAAGACUCACUUCCUGUUUUUUUGUUUUGUUUUUUUCUUUUUUUAAACACUGCUGUCAUAGCUAUCUUGUUGAAAUAGCCUACCAUGUUUGCUUCAUUGCAUUGAAUAAAACUGCGCAUGGCAUUGAA